AGAGCGCGGGCGCAUUCAUUCCCAUCGCCCCGUGCGCCGCCAGGACGUGGUUUGUAGUUCUGCUUAUUGAUGAUAUGUAAAUGGUUCAGUAAGGACGCUUGGACAGCCGGCGCGCUCCGUUCCCCGAGCGGGAUCCGCUCCUGGUUUUGCCCCCUCUUGCCUCCAAUGCAGCGUGUGCGUCUUGUGUGUAAUACCUUCCCUGACUCUCAGCACUCCAGCAUUGCUGUGCAAGCAGAUGUUGCGUCCUCCGUUGCCAAUUCUUACCCCCUUUCUCGUUUGGAGAAGGUCCCUCUCGCAGGCGAAGGCUGCAAAGUGACGGGAAGAAGCAGAAACUGCAGCCCUCCUCCUCCUUCUCCUUCUCCUCCUCCUCCUCGACUCGGCGAGAGUUGUGAGCGGCUUUGGAGAGAUACAGUAGAGGGGCUGGAGUAAGAGCCGCGGCGAGCACAAGGCAGCAGUUUCCUCCACCACACCUGUGAUGCGUUGUUCUGAGCAACGGGGACGCACGAGAGGGAUGCUGACGGCCACGGAGCGGCACGAGGAUACGUACUGAGGGAGGAAAUACUUGAUAACGACAGAAAAAGCCUAUAAAAAAGUGCACCAGAGGACACUCUACGGACCUGAAAAAAGAUUUUUUUUUUUAUUCCGCCUCUUGUUUCAUCGCGGCUCCCGUUUUCCAUUGAAACUUAAGUGAUUAAAACAGCGUAAAGAUGCCCUUACCUCCGGGCCCCUUUGUCCGCUGCGGGUUCAACGCUGCGCUUCUUCUGCUCGGGCUCGUGCUCGCUGGCUUCACCUCCACUGGUGGUUCAGAGCAUGCCGCCACAGCAGCGCUUCCCGCUGCCUUCUCGGACAUGCUGCCUCGCUUCCUGGUGGAGCCUGAGGACGAGUACAUCGUGAAGAACAAGCCCGUGACUCUGACCUGCCGCUCGACCCCGGCCACGCAGAUCUACUUCAAGUGCAACGGCGACUGGGUUCACCAGGACGACCACUUGAUCGAGCACUCCGUUGACCCGGCCACAGCGAUGCCGGUCAUGCAGGUGACGAUUGAAAUUACCAGGCAGCAGGUGGAGAAGAUCUUCGGCCUCGAUGAGUACUGGUGUCAGUGUGUCGCCUGGAGCACCACUGGAACUCAGAAGAGCCAGAAAGCGUACAUCAGGAUUGCUUACCUGAGGAAGAACUUUGAGGAGGAGCCGCAAGGUACGGAGGUGGCAUUGGACCAGGAGGUGUUGCUGCGCUGCCAUCCCCCCGAGGGAGUGCCACAAGCCGAGGUGGAGUGGCAGAGGAACGAGGAUGUGCUCGACCCAGUGAGCGACCCCAAUUUUUUCAUCACAUCCGAACACAACCUUGUCAUCAGAAAAGCCCGCCUUUUGGACACGGGCAACUACACGUGCGUGGCCAAAAACAUCGUGGCUCGCCGGAAAAGCAACUCCGCCACGGUCCUCGUCUAUGUCAACGGUGGCUGGUCCACGUGGACCACCUGGUCGUCCUGCAGCGCCGUGUGCGGGCGUGGCUGGCAGAAGAGGAGCCGGAGCUGCACCAAUCCGACGCCACUGAACGGAGGCACGUCCUGUGAGGGGCAGAACGUCCAGAAAAGUGCCUGCGUGGCCACCUGUCCAGUGGACGGAGGCUGGAGCGAGUGGAGCAAGUGGUCGGCGUGCGGCGCAGAUUGUUCGAUGUGGAGGAGCAGGGAGUGCUCCCAGCCUUCACCCGGCACUGGGGGCAAAGACUGCCAGGGGCUCGACCUCCAGUCUAUAAACUGUACCAGCGAGCAGUGCCCACAGACCGUGAGCGGGGCCGAGGACGUGGCGCUGUACGUGGGCAUGGUGGCCGUGGCCCUCUGUCUGACCCUGCUGCUCAUCGUGGUCGUCCUGGUCUACCGGCGCAAGAAGGAGGGCCUGGACGCGGAUGUGGCGGACUCCUCCAUCCUCACCACUGGCUUCCAGCCUAUGGGCAUUAAGCCCAGCAAGCCAGGUGUGUGGGCACCACGGCCACGAAGGCCUCCCCACAGCAAGAACUCGCAUUUGCUUACCAUCCAGCCUGAUCUGACGACCACCAGUUACCAGGGCACGCUGCGCUCUCGCCACGACACCACCGGGAAGUUUUCCAUGACCAACGGGCCUCUGCUGGACCCGCUACCCAACGGCUCACACACUCUGCACAACGGCAAGCUAAACUCAGACCCUGCAGAGUUUGUGAGCAGGCUGUCCACUCAGACCUACUUUAAAACUCUCCCCCGUGAUGUGGCCAACACCUCCUACGGGACCUUCAACUUCCUGGGUGGGCGGUUGACCAUCCCCAAUACAGGAAUCAGCCUGCUCAUUCCUCCCGAGGCCAUCCCCAGAGGGAAGAUCUAUGAGAUUUAUCUGACUGUUCAGCGGAAGGAAGAUUUAAGGUUACCGCUGGCCGGCUGCCAGACGCUCCUGAGCCCCAUUGUGAGCUGCGGCCCUCCGGGGGUGGUCCUGAGCCGGCCCGUUAUCCUCAGCAUGGACCACUGCUUUGAUGCGUGCCUCGAUAACUGGGCCGUCCGCCUCAAGAAGCAGAACUACGAGGGCGCUUGGGAGGACGUCCUGCUGAUGGGGGAGGAGCUGGUGUCGGAGCCUUAUUACUGCCAGCUCGAGGCCGAGACGUGCCGCCUGUUCACGGAGCAGCUGGGGACCUUCGCCCUGGUGGGGGAGUCGCUGCACAUGGGUGCCGCCAAGCGCCUGCGGCUGGUCCUCUUCUCCGACGCCUACUGCUCCACGCUGGAGUACAACAUCAGGGUGUACUGCAUGGACGACACGCAGGACGUCUUCAAGGAGGUGAUGCAGAUGGAGCGGCAGCUCGGGGGUCGGCUGAUUGACGAGCCCCACGUCCUGCUUUUCAAAGACAGCUACCACAACCUGCGCCUGUCCAUCCACGACAUGCCCCAGGCGCACUGGAGGAGCAAGCUGCUAGCCGGAUACCAGGAGAUCCCGUUCUACCACAUCUGGAACGGUUCCCAGCGGUACCUGCACUGCACGUUCACGCUGGAGCGGCUCAGCCUCAGCACCUGCGAGCUCACCUGCCAGCUGUGCGUGUGGCAGCUGGAGGGGGAGGGACAGAGCUUUGCCCUCGACUUCAACAUUGCCAAGGACACGCGAGCUCUGGACGCCGAGUUCCUGCUCAUGGACAGCAACGCGACGGCUCUGGCCGGGCCCAGCGCCUUUCAGAUCCCGUACCUCAUCAGACAGAAGAUCUGCAGCAGCCUGGACGCCCCGUGUCCCAACGGCGCCGACUGGAGAAUGCUGGCGCAGAGACUUAAGCUGGAGAGACACAUGAGUUUCUUUGCAUCCAAAGCGAGCCCGACCUCUGUGAUCCUGGACCUGUGGGAGGCUCAGCACUUCCACAGCGGCAACAUCAACCAGCUGGCCACGGUCAUGGCUGACAUCGGCAAACAGGAGGCCAUGAUAUUCCUGGUCUCUGACGGCGAGUGCUAACCCAGAAACGGCGAGAGAUCGAGAGAACGGG